AUGCAGGCGCAACAUGAUGCUUACAUGGCCUCCUCAGCUCGCUCUCCGGCUGCUGAGGAGGAGGACGCGUGGAUCGUUUCUUCUGAGGACCAGGAAGUGCCACAAGCAGAAGCAGAGGAGAUUGCAGAGGAGAUUGCAGAGGAGAUUUACUCGCUGUUUAUGGCUGCAGAGGGCGAUGGCUCUGAGAACGAUUCCGAUCCAAGCAGCAGCUGCAGCAAUGUCGCUGAGAUGGUCGGUUCUGAGGCAUCCAGCACGACCAGUGGUUUCUCUGGCAGCAGCUGCAGCGGCCAGAGCUCCAACGAGGAGCCUUCCACUGCCAUUGCUGUCAACAUCCUCUGCCUUGGUGACUGCAAGCUCAACCGCUAUAACAUUUACAACAAGCAGUACAGUGACAGUGCGUUGCUACUAGACCUGGUGCUUCUGUUGAUUUCAUUCACAGUGAGUAAGAACGUGGUUGCUGCUGUGCAUCUCGCAUCACGGAUGGGUCUGCUAGGUGCAGGCCAGAGCUUGGCUCUCAAGGGAUGUUCAGCAGCACUUGGGAUGCGGAAGCAGGGUGGGGUUGGAGGUGUGGUAUUUGGGGACAAGAAACAGCCUUCCAGAGCUUUUGUUGUUCCCUCUGGUGGAGGUGUCAAGCAGGGGUCAGCAGCAGCACAAUGUAAGGGGCAGCUGGAGAGGUUUCGAAGCUUGACAUUUGGAGCAUGCAAUACGCCUUCAAAGCCGCUGGACGCUCCUCCUGCUGGAUGUGUCAAGAGAGGCUCGAGCAAAAGGAAGCAGGAGCAAGUUGGGUUGGCAGCAGCACAGAGCGAGAGGAAGCAGCAGCAGGUUGGGUCGGCAGCAUCACAUAACAAGAGGAAUCAGCAGCAGGUUGGGUCGGCAGCAUCACAUAACAAGAGGAAUCAGCAGCAGGUUGGGUCGGCAGCAUCACAUAACAAGAGGAAUCAGCAGCAGGUUGGGUCGGCAGCAUCACAUAACAAGAGGAAUCAGCAGCAGGUUGGGUCGGCAGCAUCACAUAACAAGAGGAAUCAGCAGCAGGUUGGGUCGGCAGCAUCACAUAACAAGAGGAAGCAGCAGCAGGUUGGGUCGGCAGCAUUACAUAACAAGAGGAAUCAGCAGCAGGUUGGGUCGGCAGCAUCACAGUACAAGAGAAAGCAGCUAAAGGUUGGUACAGUAGCAUUGCAGGGGAAGAAGCAGCAGGAGCAAGUUGGGGGUGUGAGGGUUGGAGGCAGGAUUGAUCCUGAAAGAAUGACAAGGGCAGCGGCAAUAAGGCCUCCUUGGAGGCCAUAG